AUGGUUCAGCAGGAAGUUUCCAACUUUGGACUCGGAACCAAGCUGGCCCAUGUCGACAAGAAGGUUCGGGAGGCUGCUGUAACUGCACUAAAGACUUUUCUAAAGUCUCGAAAAACUGUUGGAAACAUGGAAUUGCUCAAGUUAUGGAGAGCUCUCUUUUACUGUUUUUGGCUCUCCGACAAGGCUCCAGUUCAACGACACUUGGCCGAACAACUUGCUUCCCUCAUGCUGGAUAUGGAGCCGGAAAUGGCUUGGAGAUACUAUGAAACCUUCUGGCUCACUAUGCUAAACAGCUGGUCCAAAAUUGAUCUACUCAGAUUGGACAAGUUCUACUAUCUAUUACGUCAAUUCCAUAUGACUGCAUUCAAGUGGCUCUCACAACACGACUGGGACGAUGAUUCUGUCGAUAAAUUGUUGAGUGUCUUGGCGGAUGGUCCAUUACAUCCAACCAACAUGAAAGUUCAAGACUCUCUCCGAUACCAUACUUGUGAAGUGUUUUUGGAAGAGCUUGAGAAGGCUCUAGGUGGCCCAAAGUGCGAAGGAAUCGACGCUGCCACGUUUUACAAACUAAUUCAUCCAUUCAUCACCCUCAUGAGCAAAACUCGAAACCCGGUCAUCUGUAAAUAUAUACGUGAUGGUAUCAUCGACCCAAUAUUGGCUAAAAGAACUCAGGACGACUGGUGCAUUGACGCAAAAUGCCAGUCCUCCAUUCAUACCAAUUGCUCGCCCUUCAAACCACUAGAACUAGUACGAGUAAUCUUCCAAGUAGCUGCUCAUCCAGAUGCUAGAUCAGAUAAUCGAACAGUCAUGUAUGAACUCGUAUCUCAAAUGAAGGAGGAAUUGGGCGUGGAAGACUUGCUUGAUGAUGUGGCAGGAGUGAAUGGUCAUCAAGAUAUCAAUAUGAAUGGUAAUGGUCAUACUGAGAAGGUUCUAGAGCCACAAGUUAAUGGACAUGAUAUGGAUGUUGAUGUACCAGCUGUAAAUGGUACUUCGACAACACCAACACCAGUCGUCAAUGAACCAGCAUCAAAUGGUGCCAAGGCCGAUGCUCUACCAAAUGGCGUGAAUCCUGUGAAUGGUGUGAAGAAGUCCAAAAAGAAGCGUGCUAGGGACGAUGCAGAUGAUGCAUCCAACAAGAAAGCAAAGAAGAGGGAAGCAGUAGUUUUAGAGGAAGCGAAAGCUUUGCCACUAUCUCCAGCUCCAUCCGAGACCGUGGCACCUGUAGAUAUCCCAGCUGUCGUUGAAGAGAAGAAAAGCAUCAACGACAAGAAAAAACCUGCCACUAUCAAUACUCAAUUGCCAGCUAUUGCCCCAAUACCUGAUAAUCAAACAUCUAAUCCAACAUCAGAUGCUCCUAAUAAUCAACCACAACUAGAUCCAUUAAGUGCCACAACUGAUUCAAUGUCACCAAACACGAAAAAACAUGUAACAUGGAACAAAUCUCAACAAGUAAGAAUGUUUUUAAAAGCCAAACCUGUAUCAGCCAUUGCAUCACCUGUCAGUACUGCAACUGGUCCUGCAUCGAAUAGUCCAGUAGUUAAAGGAGUCUUGAAAAAGACAACCUCAAUGAGCCCUGUCGUGAGUAAUAUCGUCAGGAAGGACGGAGGAGCGGGAGCAGCCAAUAAACACAAAAAGAAUAAGAAGAAAAAGAACAAGACUGCUACAUUGGCUAAUGUUGUAAGUCUUGUUCCUAAUGCAACGCAAUAA